AUGACCAAGUGGAUUUGGAGAUUCUUGGUGGAUAAAAAUUUACUUUGGGCUAAGGUGGUGAGAGCAAGCCAUGGCGAGUUUGUGUGGGAAAACAGUGGGUUGAGCAAAGUUGAUGGUAAGAGAAUGCAACCUGGUUGGUGGAAAAAUGUUGUGAGUAUUUGCAGGGGGGACGAGGGUAAGUGGAUGCGCGAUAAUGUGGAGGUGGUGUUGGGAGAUGGAGAACUAUUUAGUUUUUGGAAUGACUGGUGGAGUGGGGAGGGAAAGUUGUCCGAGCUGUUUCCUAGACUCUUUCGGAUCUCCGACAACAGAGCCGGAAGAAUCAAGAGUAUGGGGAAUUGGGUUGAAGGUAGUUGGACCUGGAAUCUUGGGUGGAGUCGAGAGCCAAGGGGACGGGAAUUACAGCAAGUUCAGUCCCUCUUAUCCAUUAUCAAUAGACGAGAUUUGAGGGUUGACAACCGUGAUGGGUGGUGUUGGAAAGCUGCUACAAACGGUGUUUUUUCAGUCAAGUCGGCUUAUGAGACUUUAAGCAGGGAGCGAAGACAGAGGAAUUAUCAAAUAAAAGAAGACGAAUUGACGCAGAUUUCGAAAAUCAAAGCCCCCGCAAAAGUCACCCUGACGGCAUGGAAGGUCAUCAAAGGACGUUUACCAACCAUCGACAAUCUUAUUCGCCGGCAGGUGGCAAUUCAGGGGCCGAACCUCUGUGUGAUCUGCAACGAGUGGGAAGAGUCAGUCGAGCAUCUAUUUUUCUCCUGCGCAAAAAUAGAAGAAGUCUGGAAGGAGGUGAUCCUUUGGAUGGGCAAGCAAGCUGUUUUCCACCUUAAAGCGAAGCCUCACUUUAAUGCCUUCGCCAACCUUGGGAAAAAGGAAGAUGUCAAGUUCUUAACCGCGGUUUGGUGUUGUGUAGUCUGGUGCAUCUGGAAGAAGAGAAACGAAUGCAUUUUCAAACAAGGUUCUUGGUCUAAGGAAAGAAUGGUUGCUGAAAUAAAGACUAGAAUUUGGGGUUGGAGUUCGGCUUUUAAUCUGAAUCAGCCCAACGCAGACUUCCGCAGAUGGAACGCAGCUGCUCAACUUCAGGGUUAA